UAAGGCGUGACAGCAAGGCCCAGUAGAAUAAGCAAGGCCCAAUAGAAUAACUUCGUCCACGGAACUUGCAUCCGUUUGUUCUGUGCAAGAAACCAGCGACGCAGGAGUGAGGUGAGGAAGAAGAAGAAGAAGAAGAAGAAGAAGAUGGAAAGCAGCAACAGCGACGAAGCAGAAAUCGAGAAAGUGGAGUUCGACGCUUCGGAGAUUGAGUACGUUAGUUACGGCGGCGAGCAUCACCUCCCUCUCGUAAUGAACCUCGUCGACCAAGAACUCAGCGAGCCUUACUCCAUCUUCACGUACCGUUACUUCGUCUAUCUCUGGCCUCAGCUUUCUUUUCUGGCGUUCCACAAGGGUAAAUGCGUGGGCACGGUGGUUUGUAAGAUGGGGGAACACCGUAACACUUUCAGAGGGUACAUUGCCAUGCUGGUUGUGAUCAAGCCCUACAGAGGAAGAGGCAUUGCUACAGAACUUGUUACUAGGUCUAUUAAGGUGAUGAUGGAAUCGGGUUGUGAAGAGGUUACACUGGAAGCAGAAGUGACAAAUAAAGGAGCAUUGGCACUGUAUGGUCGCCUUGGCUUUAUUAGGGCUAAGCGGCUCUUUCACUACUAUUUGAAUGGAGUUGAUGCUUUCCGUCUGAAACUUUUAUUUCCCCACUCAGAGUUGCACCCAUCUCUACCCAUGAUGGCAGAUAAUUACGAGAGCCACAUGCAAAGUGAUCAUAGUGAUGCAACAUUAAAAGAAUGAUUUGGUCUGUAUUUUGAGGAAACAAUUGAGCAUAUUGCUAUCUCUGCCCAUGAUGGCAGAUAAAUACGAGAGCCACAUGCAAAGUGAUCAUGGUGAUGCACCAUUAAAAGAAUGAUUUGGUUCUGUAUUUUGAGGAAACACUUUGAGCAUAUUACUAUCAUAUUAAUCACGCAUAUCAAUUCUAGUAUAAUUUUGAGGAAACACUUUGAGCAUAUUACUAUAAUAUUUAAACACUUUGAACAUCUAUUUUUUUUAGACCGAGUGUUUGGUGUUGUUGGUGAUAUGUAUCCUUGUUUC